UGGAGCUCAGAGCAGGAGUGAAAACUAUAACUGCCCUUGCAACUUAAUGCAUCUUUGGGUUUUUUGGGGCUAUUUUUGUUUUUGUUUGUUUGUUUUGUUUUUUUGGGGGGGGGGUUUCGUAGCAAAUCAACACUUGAAGAUUUUGGGCUGAACAGACUGCGCAUUUACUUUCGCCUGCGUAUAAUAUAUGAAGAUUUGUACUCGGACUCAGUCCGUUUUAAACUUGAAUAUAAAACAUCCUGUUUUUUUUUUUUUUUGUAAUUUUUGACAGUAGUAGUUUAUUGCCCCAGCACCUCCACUUCGCCUCUGGGGCCUUACUCAUUAGUAAGCACCAUCUGCUUCAUCAGGUUACACGCGGCAGCGGGAGCUACGUGACUACACUCAUUCUCAGCUCUACUAAACCGGCAGCGGAUGACUUGGAAAUUCUCAGUCAGCAUCUAUUUUCUUUUCGGAGUAUUUUGGGACUUUUGUUGGAUUGUUUUAUCGUGUGCAAAAAGGAGCCGUUACCGCCCCCGCCUCCUCCCCUCUCUCAACCCACAGACGUCGCGAAAUGAAACUCGGUUUUGUCAUCGAGACUGCGGUGGCGCUUUAUCUGCUGCUCUCACCUGCACAGAGUCUACCUUUGGCAAACAUAAACAGUACAACUGAAGUGUUAAUGUUUCAAGAAGUGUGGGGUCGCAGCUUCUGCCGGACCAUUGAGAAGCUUGUGGAGGUGGUGCAGGAGUACCCGACAGAGGUGGAGCACAUCUACAGCCCCUCCUGUGUGCCGCUGGUGAGGUGUGCAGGUUGUUGCGGCGACGAGAACCUGGAGUGUCAUCCCACCCACACCACAAACGUCACCAUGCAGCUCUUGAAAAUCAGGCCAUCAGAGCCGGGUCAGGAAUAUGUUGAGAUGACAUUUGUGGAGCAUCAGACAUGUGAAUGUAGAGUCAGGAAACCUGUCGUGAAGGUUGAAAGGAAAAGGCAAAGAGGAAGAGGAAGGAAGAGAAAGGAGAAACAAAAACUGAAAGAAUGUGACGGGUGCCAGAUCCCUCGCAGGUAACUGCAGUGGUGACCCAACCCCCUGUUGCAGUGUGGCUCAUUAUUUAUGUCCAGCCCAGUGACGGCAUCAAGAGUCUCCUCUGCUCAUCUAUCAAUACUGUGUCUACAGCCGGAGACUCAGAAAGCUGGGUUGUUUUGCUGACAUGCUCUCCUGCUGCUGAGCAGGAGAGCACUUGUAAUGACAAGGUUCAACAGGAAGUGUGUUUCUAUUGGUGGGAAUACUGCUGUUACAAACCUGACACAAUGGAUAUACCUGGGAGCCAGUGCAAUGUAGAAUCAAACAGACUGAUGCCUUUUCUUUUAUACUAGUUAUUACUGUAUCAGUUAUUGUAAUUUGUCGAUUUCUUUGGUAUUUAAAGGUGGUUAUGUUUAAAAUCUAUAUUUAUUGAUAUAGCUGAAUAUAUUUGGACCAGCAACCUGUAACAAGUUUGUCAUUCCUUGUUUAAACCUUAUCUAAGACACCUUGACUUGUCAUAGCAGCAUAUGUUGGACUGAUUGUGUAGCUGCUUUGUACAUGCAAUAAAGAAAUGUCUCCCUCUAGUGUUUAUGGAAACGAUUUCAAAACUGCCCUACAAGAAAGUACAAUAUAAGAAUAAAAUUAGACAUAGGAAAGUGUCAGUCACAAUCAAUCAAGUCAUCAGCUUAUUGCCAUUUAUCUAUCAGUUACGAAAGUAACAUUCCCACAAUCGCUUAUUCUGUAUGUAUCUUCUCCCUCCAUAGUGCCAUGUGAUCAGAUAAGAGUGUGGAAGUGUUUUACCACCAAUUCACACCUAAAUAAGAACAAUAUUUAUCACAAAAGUUGAUCAAGUGCAAAUAUCUGCAGAAGACUGUGUGUAAAUAAAUAUGAUAUAUCAAAUUGUUCAAAUAUCCAAAUUAUUCUUUGAAAUCUCUCCUUAUUGCUUGUGUUUCGACGGCAGGAUAGAAUAGUAGUUAUAGCUGCUUUCGAAAUGAAUAAAAAUUCAGCCAUGUGGAAUCAGUUUAUGUUAAAAUACACCAGUGAGUGUAUCUUAGGCGGCAAGGUGGAUGUGGCUAAGCCCAGUAGGAAUAGGCCAAUCAAUAAUACAAUAACCAGUGCACUCAAGCAGUCCUCAUUUGAUAUUGACGCCAAUUGAAGAGUAUUGAUUAUAAUUAUUGUUUUUGUUUGUAGGUUGUUUUGUUUUGUUUAUGUUUGUUUUCACAGAUAUAUAAAAAACGAUUUUGUCUUUGUGUGGACCCUGGUGACGCAAGAGUCACAUAAGCCCACACCACAGGUGUCUUCCUCUGGCUGUUUUUGGAAAAGCUGCAGUAAGGAAGGGAUCAGCUGAAGUAGUUACGUAAAAUGAUGUCCUUUUGAAGUUUUUUUUCAUGUACUACACAAAGAAAAUCUCUAUGAAAAUGUAAAAAG